UGACUUGGAGUUACAUUGUGUUGUUUAAGUGUUCCCUUUAUUUUGUUGAGCAGUGUAUAUACAUUUGUUACUUAGGUUUCUCUCUUACUUCCAGGGGAGCUGUGCCUAACAGGGCCUGUUGCUUUCAGACUCAAAUGCUGUUUGUUUGUGGUGUGCUGUCUGUCUGCCUGCCUGCCUGUCUGCCUGUCUAGUUAGUGAGACCAACCAGGGAAUGCUUUAAGCUUCAAAUGUCUUACAUUUUUGUGUGUCAGGUUGAGGAGAACGGUGCUGUGUGUCAGGUUGAGGAGAACGGUGCUGUGUGUCAGGUUGAGGAGAACGGUGCUGUGUGUCAGGUUGAGGAGAACGGUGCUGUGUGUCAGGUUGAGGAGAACGGUGAUGUGUGUCAGGUUGAGGAGAACGGUGCUGUGUGUCAGGUUGAGGAGAACGGUGCUGUGUGUCAGGUUGAGGAGAACGGUGCUGUGUGUCAGGUUGAGGAGAACGGUGCUGUGUGUCAGGUUGAGGAGAACGGUGCUGUGUGUCAGGUUGAGGAGAACGGUGCUGUGUGUCAGGUUGAGGAGAACGGUGCUGUGUGUCAGGUUGAGGAGAACGGUGCUGUGUGUCAGGUUGAGGAGAACGGUGCUGUGUGUCAGGUUGAGGAGAACGGUGCUGUGUGUCAGGUUGAGGAGAACGGUGCUGUGUGUCAGGUUGAGGAGAACGGUGCUGUGUGUCAGGUUGAGGAGAACGGUGCUGUGUGUCAGGUUGAGGAGAACGGUGCUGAAAUGAAAACUUAA